AUGCUCGGCGUUACGACAGUUCUCAUCACCUCUCUUAUUCUUGUUUCCAGAGUUGCCACGUUUCGAGAUCAGUCUGUUGCAGUGCAAGGAAUCCUAGUCUGUGGCACUGAACCAGCUGCAAAUGUUCGUAUAAAACUUUGGGAUGAAGAUUCAGGCCCAGAUCCAGAUGAUCUCUUAGAUCAGGGUUAUUCCACAAAAAACGGAAGUUUCUUUUUGACCGGUUGGACUACGGAAACAACACCAAUCGAUCCAGUGUUCAAGAUUUAUCACGAUUGUAAUGAUGAAAGAUUGCCAACCCAUCGAAAAGUAAAGUUCACAAUCCCCGAUAAAUACAUAACUGCUGGUCGCUUUCCAAACAUAACAAUGGAUGCAGGAGUAAUUCAAUUGGAGUUUGAAUUCAUGAAAGAGGAACGUGUACUUAUCAUUGAUUAG